AUGGAGCAAGAGGUUUUGAAUAAUUUUCAAAAGCUACAACUAACAAAAGUGGAGGCAGAUGAUAUAGUUAUUACAAAUGUUGCUAGAGCAGAGCUUCUUGAAGAAUGUGCGUUAAGCCUCUUUGGGCGCCUCCUCACUGACCGACAACAAAAUCAAAGAGCUUUCAAGAAUACUCUAAAGACAGUGUGGAAGAUGGGAUUGGAUUUAAGGAUCAUGGAGGUGGGGAAUAAUGUAUGGCAAUUUAAGUUUGGUUCAUUGUGUCAGUUGGAGUGGGUUGAAAGAAGUGGUCCGUGGAACUUUGAGAAUAAUCUUCUCCUUUUAUGUUGGUGGAGGAAGGGGUUAACAGUAUCAAAUAUUUCUUUUACCCAUGCUCCUUUUUGGGUUCAAGUUUGGGGUUUACCAUUUGAAUAUAUGUCUGAAGAUGCUGGGAAAGAUAUAGGAAGUAGACUUGGCAGAGUUCUUGAAGUGGAUAAAAGGUCGCUACAGACAGAGCAAGCAAAGUUUAUGAGGGUUCGGAUAGAGAUACCCAUUGAUAAGCCUCUUAGAAGAGGGGGGAACAUCACCAACACAGAGGGAGAGCGAUGCUUAAUCAUUUUCAGGUAUGAACGUCUCCCUACCUUUUGUUAUAUUUGUGGAAUUCUUGGGCAUGAUGAUAAGCAUUGCCAUGUGAGCCAUAUGGAGGUGUGA